GUUUGAACUAAGGGCUUAGGGAGUGGCCUGUUUUCUUUUCAUAACCAGAGGAAUAAAUACUGCCUUUGGGUUACUCUGAGGAGAUUCCUGUUUGGGACAGUGAUAACUCAACAUUGACCCGUCAUGAUUUGUCUUACAGGUUUUGUUACUCUAAUGUUGAUCUUCACAGCUGAGGCUAGAGUUGGAGACUCUUCCCAGCUGAACUUCUGCAGUGAGACAGAACAGUGUCUGCUCUUUGACUCGAUUUGCAACUCCACCACAUAUGAGGUGCGUCAUUAUGAAUCCGUGAAAUGGGUUUCAACUGAUUACAAAACAUUCUCUAUGGAGCUCAUGAUGUUUCCAUCCUUCUGGCGACUGUAUGGGUACAUCACGGGUGAAAACGAGGAAGGCAAAAAAAUCGACAUGACUGCACCUGUUCUGAUAAAAAUCCCUGAAAAGAAAAUGUAUAAGCAAGGUGUCUUCACGAUGAGUUUCUUGCUGCCGGCCGAAUAUCAGAAUAACCCCCCACAACCUACCAACAAAGAUGUUUAUAUCCAAGAGAUGCCGGCUAUGAAUGUAUAUGUGCGCAGCCAUGGAGACAUGAUGCAUACCUUUGCUGAUAAUAAGCACUGUGAGGAACUCUCCUCUGCUCUUCGCCCAGUGAAUGCAAAAUAUGAAAAGGGGUUCCAUUAUGGGGCUGGAUAUAACAGACCAAGUUGGAAUAAAAAGUGCCACAGUGAAGUCUGGUACGUUGUUGAGGGGGAUCCAGUCUGCAACAACAGUGAGGCAGAUGAUCAAAACCCUGAACCCUAGGAGACAUCCUUUGCAUAGGCUACUGCAGACAAUGCCUCUGUUAUAGCUGAGCUUUGCCAAAUGUUUAAUGUAACCCAAAUGUUAAAAAAACAACAAAUGCA